AUGAGCCGGCGCGCCCCGCCAGCGCCGCUCCACCCCCGGCGCGAGGAGGAGGAGGAGGAGGAGGAGGAGCGCGACGACAACUACGACGAUACGCCUCUCCAGCACCAAAAGCCCUUUGGCGCGGGAUUCCAGCGCCGGCAAAAGUCGCCUUUGUCCGCGCCGUCGACCCCGAGACCCAGGCGGCGCAAGCUGCGCAGGCCGUUGAGCGCGGGUCGAGGCGCCGCCACCACUGCUGCCGCUUCCCGAUCUCUGUCCUCUUCGUCCACGCGCGCGCCCGUACCACCGUCUGUUCUCCUCGGGGAAGAAGAAGAGGAAGAAGAAGAGCCGGCCGCCGGGUUGUGCUCCGUGUGCGGGCUGACGCUCGACGACGGUAAUGGUGCCCCGGGCAAGCAUGAGGCGUCCAUCGCCCACCAGGUGUGCCUCGCCCACUCGCACCCGCCCUCGGCGCUGGACCGCAGGCGCAUGGGGUUCCGACACUUGGCUUCGCGCGGGUGGGACGCCGACGCCCGCUUGGGCCUGGGCGCGCAGGGUGCCGGUAUUCUCAACCCUCUCCAGCCGCGGCAAAAGGUGGACAAGGGCGGCAUCGGGCUCCCGGCGUCGGUGGCGCAGGCGAGGGAGGCGGCGAAGAAGCAGCGGGAGGAGAAGCGCAAGAAGCUGUCGGUCAAGGAGAUGAGGAAGUUGCAGGCCGAGGAGAAGAAGAAGGCUGCGUGGCUGCAUGAUAUGUUUUAUGCCAAGGAUGAUGUGCUGAAACACUUGGGCGCCGGUACUGGUACCCUAAAAUCCCGGUAG